AUGAGAAAUGGUUGUACUGAAAGUAUAAUGGCUUGGUUGGCAAUGAGUUUUGAAAUGGUUGGUUUGGUGGCGGGGAUGAUGGUGGGAUCUUCAGCUGACGGUCUGGAGAAUAUAAGUGGGGCGGGAGGAUAUCUAAAUUGUCUUAUGGACUAUGGAAGUUGGACUCGAAGCGAGUUAUUUUCAAGACAAUUGAAUGAAGGUGCGAAUCCUGAUUUGAAGACGAAUUUGGAAGAUGUUAGAACAAUGAAAGAACCGAUGUAUGUACAGUCACCAGGGGGUGUGAAGGAAGAAAAGGUGAAUUUGGUGACGAGGGAUAUUUGGCAGUUUAUUAUGCUUGGUGGUAGUGAAGACUUCUCGCAGAAUGGGUUCUUUAUGACUAUUUUAUGGAGGUGUCCUUGUGUUUAUGAUAGCGUUGGGAGUUGUGCAAUCGAUGCUGAGCGGUUGCAGAUAGUGAAAGCAAUGCAAUGGGCAGUGGGGUCAUUACUAGCCGUAAAAGAAGCACUAGAAACAGAUUAUCUGUCUUUCAAGUCCUGGGCAGCGACUCAAUGUGAUCGGGAUUGGCCAAUAGAUUGUGGCUUGGUUAAGAUAGGCUCAGCUUCAGAUGCAGAUUUGAUAAAAGAAGUAGAUGUCUACUUACAACGUUUAUUAUCUAUCUUUGAGAGGCAAUCCGUUGUUUAUAAAGCAAUUUGUAACAAGUCUGAGUUUAUGACUUCUAUUAGGAAACUCAAGGAAUGGAAAGAAAUAUCUUACCAGAUUAUGCGCAAUAUAUCAUUUGAUAAGUGCAAACAGCAACAACUUCGACAUUUCUUGUUUGCUUAUUUACGUCAUCAAGCUUAUCUAAAGCAACUAAUUGAAUUAGUAGACAGUCCUUUAGGCAGGUAUUACCGUUUAAGUAUAAGUUCAAACCUACGCCAGUGUAUUGGCUCUGUCCUUCGGUUUGACUUAAUGGCCUAUCUAAGUUGUGAUAGGGACGACCAGGACAUUCUAAAUGAACACCUCAUCUUAGAUUAUGAGCUUGAGCAGCACUACAAAUACAAUAACUGGUGGUCACUAAUCACACAGAAAACCAAAGCCGUUCUCAAACCACUUCAAAGAAUUACACUCCAAACCACAAAAGAUAACACAACUCUAACCCAAGAAGAAAUUAACGCCCUUCUAGAAUUCAUUGGUACAGCCAAAAACCACGUCCAGAUAAACCUAAAUGUCAAAAUCCAAACAGUUUCUGUCUUCAAAAACCAGUAUAACCUAAUCCGCGCCAAACCAAAAACCACCCUCAAAAGCUGCCUAAACGGGCUAAAGAACCAGAAGUACCUCCACAACUUAGCCCCCACCAAGUUUACAGCCGGACUAGUCCUUCCUCUUUUCAUCAUCUUCCUAUGCCAAAUCCUCUUCUAA